UGCGAUGUCAUUUCUUUUAGUAGAAGCUCAACAGCAGCUGAAAUACAAAAUGAUAUUCAGGAGUCCUUUAAGCCUCUUCUCGAUGACGUCUCUUUUAAACUGAUGAGAGCAGAGGGAAACUUUCUUUCCGAACCGAGACUGAAACCUGGUCUAACGAUGGAUGGUGGGAUGGUCUAUCUCAUUUUUAACAACAAGAAAAUGUAUAUUGUCCCAGACCAAAAUCUGGACGUACACAUAGAGGGUUUCAGUGAAGAUGAAGAAGAAGACAUCGAUACACCCAUAACUUACAUCAAUCAGCGGCAUACACCAAAACCCUCUUCUUCCUUACAGUUUGAGGUGCCUUCACUUCCAAAACAACAUUAUACAAUUGAUUAUGACGUUUCCGUGCUAGAGCCACAAGUGAUAUUCGACUGUAAUGACGACGACUCAAAAGAAGUAUUCUCAGUAGAUGAUGGCUCAGAUUUCUUUUCACAAAAAUUUACCUCUUUGGACCAGUGCUACUCCUUCCUGAAAAAUCUUCUUGGGGAAGGUAAGCAGAGACCUCUUUAUGUUGAAAGAGAAAGUGUCUUAAGCUCGGCCGGAAGGGGACUUUUAAAGUCAUCCUUUGACCCAACAAAACCGCUUUCUGUUACAUUCACCGACCUACUAGGAAAGCCGGAGGGCGCAGUCGAUAUAGGAGGUGUGACAUUGGAAUUUUUCACACUAGCUGUGAAAGAGAUGCAUAGGAGUUGCCUCUUUGAAGGCCCAGAGAGUGAAAGAUUCCUUACCCUGGAAGCGCAAGCUUUAGGUAGCAAUAAGUACUUCAUCGCAGGACAAAUUAUUGCAUUAUCUAUUGUCCACCGGGGGCCAGGCCCUAAUUUCUUCUCCGAAGAAUUUUAUGAAGCAAUCCUGCAAAACUCUCUCUCUAACAGAGCAAUCACUAGAGAAAAAGUUUAUGACCCUAUCAUUCUGGAGGAGAUAAUGAAAAUUGAAAACAUGUCGAACAUUCAAGAUCUGCAGUACCAUGUAAAUACCUCCUCUUUUCUAUCUGCUGUGGGAAUAAUGCAAAAUGUCAAAAGCUUGAAUGACAAAGAACUGCUGGUGAUGAGUAUUCUUCGCUUCACGCUGGUCCAGAGACUAGAGGAAGCAUUCCAGCAGUUUCUGAAGGGGCUCAGCACCCUCGGGGUCCUGCAAGUGGUUAGGGCAAAUCCAAGUUUACUCCGGAAAUUUUUCCUCCCCCAUGAGGUCCCUCUCACGGAUGAAAUCGUCGGGGACUACUUCGUUCCCAUGCGAAGCGAUUCUGUGAAAGAGAAGGAGAGAUUUGUCCUCGAGAACAAAGUGCUUUCGUGGUGGCGAUACUUUUUGGUGGAUGUACAAG